AUGCCCAGCGCAACGGGCGCGAACUGGGAGAAGUACCAGAAACAAUAUGCCGACGAUGAGACACCCGAGAAGAAGAUCACACCUCUCACAGACGAAGACAUCCAAGUCCUAAAAACCUACGGCGCAGCGCCUUAUGCCAAUGCCCUCAAGAACAUCGAGAAACAGAUAAAGGACAAACAAACAAGCAUCAACGAGAAGAUCGGCGUGAAGGAAUCAGACACCGGCCUGGCACCACCGCAUCUAUGGGACACCGCCGCCGACAGGCAACGGAUGCAGGAAGAGCAGCCCCUCCAAGUCGCGCGAUGUACCAAGAUCAUCCAAGAUGAGAAGGACAGCGACAAGGCAAAGUACGUUAUCAACGUCAAGCAGAUCGCCAAAUUCGUCGUCAACCUCGGCGAGCGCGUCAGUCCAACAGAUAUCGAGGAGGGCAUGCGAGUAGGAGUGGACCGCCAGAAGUAUUCCAUCAUGCUACCGCUACCACCCAAGAUCGAUCCUUCCGUGACGAUGAUGACGGUUGAAGAGAAGCCCGAUGUGACAUAUAGUGAUGUUGGAGGUACUGGCAAGACACUCUGCGCACGUGCUGUCGCCAACCGAACAGAUGCUACCUUCAUCCGCGUUAUUGGAUCAGAACUUGUCCAGAAAUAUGUUGGAGAGGGAGCACGAAUGGUCAGAGAGCUGUUCGAGAUGGCUCGGACAAAGAAGGCGUGUAUCAUUUUCUUCGACGAAAUUGAUGCCGUCGGAGGUGCUCGGUUCGAUGAUGGGGCGGGUGGCGACAAUGAGGUGCAGCGAACUAUGCUGGAGCUGAUUACACAAUUGGAUGGCUUCGACUCAAGAGGAAACAUCAAGGUCAUGUUCGCCACCAACAGACCGUCAACGCUGGAUCCUGCGUUGAUGAGACCCGGCCGAAUCGACCGAAAGAUCGAGUUCUCGCUGCCGGAUCUCGACGGCCGAGCCAACAUUCUGCGCAUUCACGCCAAGAGCAUGUCGGUGGACCGCGACAUCAGAUGGGAGCUGAUCUCGCGUCUGUGCCCCAACGCUACGGGUGCAGAACUGCGAAGCGUAGCCACAGAAGCCGGCAUGUUUGCCAUUCGUGCGAGGCGGAAGGUCGCAACUGAGAAGGAUAUGUUGGCAGCUGUCGAGAAGGUCAUCAAGGGCAACAGCAAGUUUUCUAGCGUUGCCGCAUAUGCGCAAUACAACUAG